GUCAAGCCUCCGUAUUCCCGCAGAACAUAGUUACAUAGACUCGGAGCUCCUGUGCGCCUCGAUUAGCAUUACGCCCAUAUAAUUAAAAACGCGGUUGCUUGUAAUCACACGCCGCGCGUCUCGCCUCCUUCCUUCUGCUAUGUCGGCCACUGGAGAAGAAAAGGUCCAUGGGAGUGGAUCUGAAACCUCGUCUAUCGAACAAGCCGAGAUCCACGAGCGUCCAAGAGGAUGGAGAGGUCUUUACUACCACCCAGCUACACAGGUCUGCUUGGUAGGCUUCGUGUGUUUUAUGUGCCCAGGAAUGUUUAACGCCGUCAAUGGUCUUGGCGCUGCUGGUCAAGUGGAUGCAACUACCAGCGCAAACGCAAAUUCUGCUCUCUAUGCUACCUUUGCAUUCUUCGCUUUUUUUUCUGGCUCUGUGCACAACGUGCUUGGACCUAGAAUCUGCCUAUUGCUCGGCACGUGGGGGUAUUCCUUGUACAUUGCGUCAUACCUUGUAACGAAUAUACAUCCCGGUGCACAUGACUUCAUUGUCGUCGCUGGAGCCAUCUUGGGCGUCUGUGCGGCCUUGAUAUGGACGGCGGAAGGAUCCUUGAUGAUGGCAUACCCGACCGAGGCUCAGAAGGGGACGUUCAUUAGUUACUUCUGGGCUAUCUUUAACCUAGGAAGUGUCGUCGGCUCCUCGGUGGCCUUCGGGUCGAAUUAUAACUCCACGGUAAAUUAUCCUUGCUAUAUGAGCUGUACGAUGUUUAACCACAGAAAUCAGGCGAACAAAGUUGGAAAUGGAACCUAUAUCGUAUUUCUGGUCCUCUCCCUUACUGGCGUUGUCUUGCCCCUCUUCCUUGCUGACCCAUACAAGAUGAUACGCACUGAUGGAACCAGAGUCGCGCCUAUCCGUUACCCUUCUUGGAAAACUGAGUUUAUCAGUCUGUUUGUGGCACUGAAAACAGACCCUUGGAUUGUCCUCUUGUUUCCUAUGUUCUUCGCCAGCAACUAUUUCUAUACCUGGCAAUUCAAUGAUUAUAAUGGCGCCCUGUUCAACAUUCGCACCCGCGGCCUGAAUAACCUUGUCUAUUGGACCGCUCAGAUAUUUGGCUCAUUCUUCAUUGGUCACUUUGUUUUGGAUUUGAGGCGGUUCCGUAGACGUGUUCGUGCAUUCAUGGGCUGGUCAAUUGUAGUGGUCCUCGUUUUUGCCGUUCAUCUAUGGUCAUAUUACUACCAAUUGACUUAUACUCGCACAUCCGACCCUCCUACAGCCGUCAAGAUGGAUAUCCACGAUCCAGGCUACCCUGCACAUGUAUGGCUCAUGAUUUUCUAUGGUCUCCUCGACUCUAUGUGGCAGACAACUGCCUACUGGCUGAUGGGCGCUAUGUCCAAUGACCCUGCAAAGCUCGCCGUGUUCACCGGCUUUUACAAGUGCUUCCAGUCUGCUGGAUCUGCUGUUGUCUGGCGCCUCGACGCUCUGCAAAAACCGUAUAUGGACAUUUUCAUCUCAACUUGGGUCUUAGCGGCUGCCGGCAUGAUAUGUGCCUUCCCCUUGGUCUACGUUCGCGUAAAAGAUUACACGGAGAUGGACGAUGAGGCUCUAUUGGCCCGCCCAAACGUCGAGAGACUUCCUGAAGCCUCUGAGAGGAGGUAAAGCGGCAUGUGUUCGUGCAACAAGAGAGGGGUGUAUUUAUGACAGACGAACCUGUAAUGUGAAUUUUGUUGUUUUUGUAUCUUCAAGUGUCUGUAGCCGUCUUGCUAUCAGGAGGAAUCAUACUUAGGUUGUA